AUUCUUAAGCCAAAUUGCGGUAAAAUGUUCGGUCCGACGGAGAAAAUAACCAUGGAUGGACCAUUUUAUGGUGGAUUUUAUUUAAACAAUUAGUUUAUUGUCAUCUUUCUAACGUAGUUAGAGAAACACGAUGAAGGAGAUGGUUGGAGGUUGUUGCGUUUGUUCUGACGAACGUGGAUGGACAGAGAACCCGCUUGUUUAUUGUGAUGGUCAGGGUUGCAAUGUUGCCGUACACCAGGCAUGUUAUGGCAUUAUUCAAGUUCCCAAAGGACCAUGGUAUUGUAGGAAAUGUGAGUCUCAAGAACGUGCUGCUAGAGUUAGAUGUGAAUUAUGUCCAAUGAAAGAUGGUGCUCUUAAAAGAACCGAUUCUAACAGUUGGUGUCAUGUUGUUUGUGCUCUGUUUAUCCCAGAGGCUUGGUUUGCCAAUGUUCAGACGAUGGAACCAAUAGUUCUUAAAAACGUACCUCAGGAACGAUUCAACAAAGUAGUUAUAUGUUAUAUAUGUGAGGAACAGGGAAGAGAAACAAAAGCAUCUACUGGAGCUUGUAUGCAAUGUAAUAAAAAUGGUUGUAAGCAAUAUUUUCAUGUUACAUGUGCUCAAUCUCAAGGGUUAUUAUGUGAAGAAGCUGGUAACUAUGGUGAUAAUGUUAAAUAUUGUGGUUAUUGUGCCUACCACUGUAAAAAAUUAAAAAGGGAUGCUAAUAUAAAAACAAUACCAGCAUUUAAACCGAUUCCAUCAGAUACAACCACACCCGACACAUCACCAGAAAAAAAUACACAAAAACUGGAUCCUGAUAAAAAGAUUAAAGAAGUGAAAAUUAAAGUAUCAGAGAUUAAUUUCCAGUCACCAACUUCAGAUAGCAAGAAAUUGUCUCAAACCCCUCCCUCCAGUACAAGUGCUACCGAUUCCACUAUUUUAUCCCCCACAGAAUUCACAGGUUUCACGUCUGCAGAUCUAAAAGAAAGCACCAAUAAAUCAGAUGGUAAAGUAGAUGCCAGUGUGACCAAACCAAAGUCUGUCAAUAAUUGUGAUGAUAAAUUAGAAUCAAAUAGUACCCUUUCAACUAGCCUUACAUCAAUUCAAACUAAUAAUCAGGUGCCAUUUUCUGCUUCGUUUGAUAAAACACCGCCUGUAGUCUUCCCAUCCCAUAAUUCACCGGACACAGACCAAGGUGCUGGUAAAAGGUCUAGGUCAAGAUCGCAAGAAAAAUCAGAUACCAAGAAAAAAAUAAAAAGAACAAAACCUGCGGCUGUAGGUGGCAAGUCACGUCCAAGUAGAGAUAGUUUACCUACUCCACCCUCUGGCGGUGGUAAAAAGCAAACACCUUCGACUAGUGGGACAUCGAAUGGUGGCUCAAAAAUGAAAAAUUGUUUGUCACCAGGCUUAACUAGUCCCAGUUUUACCAGUAGUGUAUUUGGCGGUAGUCCGUUUUUCCAGAGUCUUUCAGCUUCUGGACCAAUAUCUUUAUCUGCCUUUAAUCAAUCAGCUAUUGAUGGUAGUUUUUCGGCAUUGUCCCUUGGUCCUCCUACACUCUCGUUACCUUCUUAUGGUAGAGAUGAACACAAUGAAAGUAAUUCACAUUACGGACCACCAAAAAUAUUCCCUAGUCAGCUAGACAGUAUGAGGGCAGAGGAAAAUUCUACUUCAGAAUUUCCGGCAUCCAUGGAACAACUUCUUGAACGACAAUGGGAACAAGGUUCCCAGUUUUUACUGGAACAAGGUCAACAUUUCGAUAUUGCAUCAUUAUUAAACUGUUUAUACCAGUUACAAAAUGAAAACCAACAACUGGGAGAAUACAUUAAAAAUUUAACCAGUCGGAGGGAUCAUUUAUUAGCUGUAAAUGCACGUUUAUCACUUCCUUUUUCUAAUUCUUCAUCUGAAGUCGACAGCAUUAAUAAGCUUGGGAUGCCUAAUGGAGACAUCAUGCAGGAUGGUUCAAGUGAAAGUCAGGCCAUGAGUCACAGCUCUCAUCAAGACACACCAAGUCCUAGUGAUUCUGCUUCACCCAAAUCAUCUGUUGAAUCUCGUUUGUCAGCAUCAACACAGGAUUCUUCAAAUCAAUUAUUCCCAGUUAAUCUCACAAGUUCCACUUCACAGGCAUCAGUUUCCAUAGCAACCAGUCUUCAAUCAUCAACAAACACAGCGGUCUCAUCUAAUAAUGGAAAUGUUAACGGUGUACAAAAUUAUAAAAACAAGGACAAAACUUGAAUUAAUCAUCUUGUCUAAUCAUUCAUUGUAUUAAAGAAUCAAGUUGUCUUAAGUUUUAUUAACAAAAUGUUGAAUUAAGUUGGUCAAGUUUGAAAGAAAAAAUAUGAUAGAAUGCCGUAAAUAAAAAUCAUUAUUUCCUGGGAUAUAAAUGGUUAAGUAUGCAUAUCAAACACCAAAAUGUAAAGAACAUAGUUGAAAAUAUUGAGCCAUAUUGAAAUUUUUACAGGGGCAUCAUAUCUCUUCAACAGUGCUUAACUCCCGUGACCUGAUAAACGUUACUAUUUGAUACCGUUGCUUAUUUUGCCAAGCAAUACUUAAGAUACAGCAAUAACUUGUAAUUUUAUAUUACUUUCCGGGGGGAUAAAAAUAUAUACUGUGCAUAAGAGUUAUAAACAUGUUAAUCCAGGCACAAGCUGAUUGCUAGUCAAGAAGCUUGUCUCUAACUCUACCUGACAAUAUUUUACCUUGGGUAUUUCUUAAAAACAUACCACAGAGCUUCGGAUAAAUGCCUCGGACUAGAAUAUAGUGCUCUAAAAAAAAAACUGUUAUAUUCACUGAAAUGUAUGUAAGUGUUAUAAACACAUGGAGAUAUUAGCAUUUAAUAAAUAAAAAUGAAUAACAUAAACUUAAAAUAUGAAAUCAUGAAGGUUUGGAAUUUACAUUAGUUUCUAUUGAUUACUAACUUAAAUGCUAGAACUAACUAGUUCAACACUCUGUUAUUUAAAUUCUUUAAGCAACAUUUAGUAACUCAAUGAGAAUAACACAUGACACAAUUAUAUGAAAUACAAGUUACUUAGAAGUUCAUUUCUGAUUAUGGUGAGAGAACCCUUUUUGAAAAAUCGCCAGAAAUAAACUUUGAAGUAGCUUGUAUUCCAUAUAAUUGUGUGAUGUGUUAUUCUGUUAUUGACUAUAUAAAAUAACUUGGUUUCUUUAAAUGUUUUAUCCUCCUCAAAAUCAUCUUUUUUAUUAUUUUUAUAGCAUUUUAUACCAAAAGAUGUUAUAUAUAGGUUUAUACCGCCAUUGUUCAUAGCUGUUUUUGUUCACUAAUUAAGUUUGUUAAAGUGAUUUAAUUUUUAUAGAGAGAGAAGAUUUAUUGAUAUUGUUUUUUCUUGGUGAUGAAUGAUUAUUAUGUGUAAUGGAUUUUCAAGUCUUUAAUGCUGCACUCGUGAAUUGGAAAUGCUUUUUUUUAUAACAUACAUUGGUGUAUUCAUGUCUCUGUGUGAUUUGACUCUGGAACUCUGAAUUUAUAGUUGUGUAUUUUCAAGACCGACAGUAACCUUGAAGACGUGACAGCUGCCAUCUUAAUUUGUUAACCCUUUAGCCAAUGGAAAUUAUUGACUACCAAUUCAUUACAAAAAUUAGAGAAAAGUGAUCUUUUUCUGGCGGUUGUUUCCAGGUGCUAAUAAAGGGUUAAUUAAAAGAUGAAAUGAGUUUCAUGUCGGGUUCUUAUCGUGGAAACUAUUUUAAUACUAGGUAUAAAUAAAAUAUAAAGAAUCUGCCACGACUGGAAUUUCCAAUACACGAGCAAACGUUGAAUGCAGCGUAAGCGAUCAGUACCGGUACAUGUUGUUUUAACUGUAUAUUUCUUUGAUUUAUUUAUUACCUGUGGAUUGAAUUACAUUAAUUUGCUUUGUCAUAAAAUAGUAAACUUUUAUUUGACAGUGCUGAACAAACUAUUUUAAAAUUUUGACCUGGGUGUUCAGAACAAAUCAUUGAAAUAGUGAUUCUUGCAAAUAAAGGUAAACAGGGUAUGUGACAUAAUAUGUGAUAAAGUGGCUCUAAAUUUUAAAAAUACAAAUAAAUUCUUCAUUUUCUCUUUCAUCUUGAAUUGAAGGUGUUAAAGAUGCAUUAUGUAAGAGUUAAAUCUGUCUAUUGUAUGUCUAUAUUUAAGCUUCAAAUGUUAUAAAAGUUAUUAUUUAGACAUUUAUUAACAUGACAAGCCCAUAAUCAACUCUCUAGACCAUCGGAUAACAGAAAUUUAAAUGGGUUAGGACAUUUAAUGAUAAAAUGGACAAACGAGGCUGUCUCUAUUGUCCAGUGAUGUUGCUAGCGAUAAUAAACAAUCUGUGCUACAACUUCCAACACCCAUAACUUCGAUCAGAAUAAAGUAAUUUGAAUAACAUAUUCAAUAUAUUCAUUUUUUAUUGAUUAUUUUUUAACUAUUAUAGCAAGAACAACAAGCUCUUUGUCUAAAUCUUACAUAAUACAUCUUUAAUUGACUAACAUUAAAACACCAGAGUUCAUAAAGCUUGAAGUAGUAAUAGGGCAAGUACAGAAUCACUGAAUCAUAAUCGAUAGGGUGCAGGCAUUUAGUGCGGCCCAUAAAAUGCGCUUCUUUAAUCUGGAUCUGACUUCAGUUUGUCUGUUGUCCAUGCAGUAAUUAUCCUGCUUGCCAACAUAUACCAAUAUAUUUAUUUCUUUCAAUUUGGUGUAAAUCAGCAUUGUGCAUGAAGAUUGUGUUUUACUUAAAGGAGCUAAAUCGCUAAUAUUUGGGAUCUAGAAAUUGACACAAAUGGGUUGCAACACAUAUAAUAAUGUAAUAUUAAUGUAUAUAACCUGAUUUACAUUCAAUCGUUUUCAGAAGUCUCAGUCGAAUGACAGUCUCUAGUGUCUGGUUAUUCCAGUCAAUCCCUAUAGUAUUUAUUGCACAAGCUCUCCAGAUAAGAAUAUGGGGCACCGUUUGAUAUAACUUGUGGAAUAUGUCUAGCCUUGUUCUUCGAGUCCCUUGUUACAAAUAGCACAAAAACGCAUGGCACAAAACAUGGUAACAUGGUUAUUUUGUCUUGAAUAUUGGAUAUCAGAAGCCCAUUUUUUUCCGGUAAGAUCAGAACAUCAAUGUUGUUUUAAAUUGACAAAUAAUUUGUGUUUUCAAUGUCGAAGACUUUGGAUGAUAUUGAGUUAGAGACUUGGCUACUUUAAAAGACCACAGCAAUAUCUGUACAAUAUUCCAUAUAAUCUGCACCCUAUCUAUCCUGAAUAACCAAAAAAUAUAUAAAAACAUACUGGUCAAAAUGAAUCAUUUAAACUAUAUUCAUCAUAUUUUCAAAACUUCAUUAUUAUAGUUAUUAAUAUUGUGAGUUCCAAAAACCAAUAUUUUUUAUACCAAGAAUUGAAAUGUUUUUAUUUUGAGACAUAUUCCUUCUUUAUCAUUCACAAUGUAUAUCAAUAAGAAUAUCAAUAUAAAUCAUAUAUUUUCUGAGGCCUUUUCUUAAAGCAGUUGGUCAUCAUUUUGUUGGACAAUAUCUUAAUUUUUCCUGACUCGGACUUAAUUCUCACAAGAUUGUGCGCAAAUUGAUUAUUUAAAAUUUGAUUCAGAAAACUAAAUCCAAAUAUCAAUAUUAAAGGUAGCUAUAUAUUCUCUUGUCGUGGAUUCAGUGGAUUCAAAGAGGCCCAUCAAAACAUUAUAGGAGGCGCUAGUUUAUUUAUAUAGUUUGUUUGCAAUAUCACUCAGUUGGAAGCAGGCGUAAAUAUAGUCUGCUGAAUAUCUUUGUAAGCACUGAAUAAAAUUGAACCAUUUUUGGACAUAUCAUCUUUCCACUUUCACAAUAUGGGGAUCAACAGCUUUAAAUGAAUAAUAUUACUCAUUAAACAUGUAAUUUGUAUAAAUUAUUUCCUAAAAUUAUUCAUACUAUUCUGAAUUAUAUAAACUAAAUGUUUCCUACUUUCAUUUUAUGUAACCACGAAAAUUGUGUUUUUCUACCAAUAAUGAAGAAAGUUACAUCAAUAAAAUGUCUCGCGUGUGAUUAAAUACUGACUGAACUUUGAUUUGCAUCACAAGACAGUAAGGCAGAACAGAUCUACGCUUAUUGAUUUCAUGCAGUAGCCAGAGAUCCUUAUCUUUGCCAAUCCUUUGAAAUAUAUAUAUGUUACUUCACAUUAUAGUGGAUAAUAAAAUCCUGGGGCCUUGUUGCUCAAAACUAA